AUGACUACAACUUCUAAUAAUAAUAAUAAUAAUAAUAAUGCUGGAGAUCUUCGUGAACAAGGUAAUCAAGCAUUUAAACAAGGUAAAUUUCAAGAUGCAAUUGAUCAAUAUACUGAAGCAUUAAAUCUAUUAACUAAUCUUUCAUUAUCUGAAACCAUAAAAAAUGAAUUAACAAAAUGUUAUAGUAAUCGUUCACAAUGUUAUAUUAAUUUAAAUCAAUAUGAAGAUGCUAUUGAAGAUACAACACGAGCACUUGAAUAUACACCUACUGAUCAAAAAUCUUUAUAUCGUCGAGCAACUGCAUUUGAACAUUUAGGAAAAUUACAUGAAGCUAUAUCAGAUGCACAACGUUUAAUAUCAAUAUCACCAAAAAGUAGUUCAAAUGAUGAACAAACAAAUACUCUUUUAAGAAAAUUACGUGAAAGUGCACAAAGCAAACAUACUCAACAAACACAAUUAACAUCUCAAAUUCAACAAAUGUUUGAAGCUAUAAAUAUAAAAUCUAAUCAAGAAGCAGCAUUGAAUAAUCUUCUUGUUAUAUCACGUGAAGAUGCUGGUGCAGAAGGAAUUCUUGCUUAUGAUUGUGAUCUACGACAAAUAAAGGAAUUUAUUCAAACAAAUGAACGAAUUACUAUUCUUGGUAUUAUAAGAGUAUUGGCUUCGAUUAUUAGAAAUUCAUAUAAACGAGCUGAAAUGGUUUAUCAUAAACUUGGUCUUCAAUUAAUUGCUCGCUGUUUAUCAAUGGAUGAUACAGAAAUACCUGCAAGUACAACUAUUUUAGUUCAUAAUAUGAUUAUGUCAAUAUGUGAUCUUGAAAAUCGUCGAAAAAUUCAAAAACCUAUAAAUGUACCUUUUAAUUUCGAUCAAUCUGUAAUUGAAUUUAUUAAUAAUAUAUUUCGUAUGUUCAAUGAAUUAAUUGAUGAUAAAACAUGUUCAGCUAUUGGUCGUGAUUGUUGUCUUGAUCUUGUUGCUAAAUUUGUUGAUCGAGCAAAUGGUUGUAAUUGGAUUAGUAAAUUUAUAGUCUCAGGUAUACCCAAAGUCCUUCGAGUAGCAGCAACGGUACCUAAUUUUCCAGAUAAUGAUAAAAAAUCAUAUUCAAUAACUGAACAAACUAAAAUGCAUAUUUCUUGUGUACUUAGUGUGGUCUAUCAUGAUUUAUGCUCGGAUAAAGAACGAGAAGAAUUUAAUAAUGAAUGUAUAGAAUUUAUUAAAGCUUUACAUGACAAAGAUGAUAUACAAUCACGAGUACGAACAAUAUCUGUUUUGUCUGUUCUUUUACAAGGUCCUUUUGAUACUGGUAAUGCAAUCUUAGGUAGUCAAAAUUUAGUAGAUUUAAUGUUACAAAUGGCUAGUUCAAAUGAUCCAAUACAAGAACGUAUUGCAGUUGAAGCUAUUGUUUUAUCAGCAUCAAAAAAAGAUAAAGCAGCUGGUAUUAUACAACAAGGUGCUAAUAUUCUUAAAAAUCUCUAUCGAUCAACAAAUGAAGAUAUUAAAGUACUUGCUCUUGUGGGUUUAUCAAAAAUUGCAUCAAGUAAAGGUACAGAUACAAGUACAAGUCUUGUUGCUGAAGGUUCAUGUCAAACACUUAGUCGUGCAUGUUGCAAAUUUUUAACAACAAAUCAAAGUUUUGAUAUUCGUCGUUGGUCAGCUGAUGGUUUGGCUUAUUUAUGUUUAGAUGCUGAUGUUAAAGAAGAACUUGUUGAUAAUUUAUCAGCAUUGAAAGCUCUUUUUACUUUAUGUCAAUGUCAAGAUGCACAUGUUUUAUAUUCAAUAAUAACAAUAUUUGUUAAUUUAACUAAUACAUAUGAUAUAAAAAAACCGGAUAAAGAAAUGACUGAAUUAGCUACUUAUGCUAAACAACAUAUACCAAAAGAACAUCCAAAAGAUGAAAAAACAUUUUUUGAUGAACGUCGACGAAAAUUAGUCGAAGCUGGAAUUAUUCCUGUUUUAGUACAAUUAUGUAAACAUAAAAGUGAAAAUUGUCGUGAACAAAUAGCUCGAGUAUUUCUUGGUCUUUGUGAAAAUGAAAAAUAUCGUGGACCAAUUGUUGCUGCUGGUGGAGCUAAAGCAUUACUUCCACUUGCAUUGGAAGGAACAUCUAUUGGUAUGACAAAAGCAACACAAGCAUUAGCUAAAAUUGCUAUAACAACAAAUCCAGAAAUAGCUUUUCCUGGACAACGUAUGCUUGAACUUGUACGACCAAUAAUAAAACUUUUAAAAAUUGAACAUACAGCAUUAGAAAAUUUUGAAGCAUUAAUGGCUUUAACAAAUUUAGCUAGUAUUGGUGAAAGUGUUCGAAAACGUAUUUUAAAAGAAGAUGGAUUUUCAAAUAUAGAACAAUAUCUGUUUGAAGAACAUCCAAUGUUAAAACGAGCAGCUGUUGAAUGUAUGUGUAAUUUAGUUGUUCAAGAAGAAAUUAUGAAAUAUUUUACAAGUGAAAAUGAUCGUAUUAAAUUAUUAGUUUUAUUAUGUGGUGAAGAAGAUGAAUUAUUAAUAAAAGCAGCUUUAGGAACAUUAGCUGUUUUAUCAUCUUUACAAGCUGAUCUUGAAUAUAUAAAAGAUUUAAAUUUAGAAGAUGAAGAACGUAAACGUUUAAAUGAUUUAAUUCAAAAUAAUCGAAUUAUAUGUGAAAAAAUACUUGAUGUUAAAUCAUUUACUGAAAUUUUUAAACAAUUAUGUGCUUGCAACAAUCCAGAUUUACAAUUUCGAGCAUUUUAUAUAAUUCGUAAUAUAGUUAAAACUAAUAAAGAACUUGGAAUACGUAUUGUUGAAACAGAAUUAAUGGAUAUUUUAUUUGCUAUUAAAGAAAUUAAAGAUGAUCGUCUAAUCAAUGAAAAGAAUCGUAAAAUAGCUUCGGAUAUUGUUGAACUCUGUUUAAAAUAUGGCCUUAUUCAACGAAAUAAAGAUCAUACAAUCAAAGAAGAAGAUGAAACUACAGUUACGAAUUAA